CCGCCGUGAAAUCUAGGUUUCCAAGCUUUGGUGGAAUAACGGCAGCCGAUCAGUGAUGGGUCACUCUAACGUCUGGAACUCUCACCCCAAAACUUACGGCCCUGGUUCUCGCGCCUGCCGUGUUUGUGGAAAUCCCCAUGCCAUCGUCAGGAAAUACGGUCUCAUGUGUUGCAGGCAAUGCUUCCGUAGCAAUGCCAAGGAAAUCGGAUUCAUCAAGUACCGUUGAAUUUUAUUGGGGUGUAAAGGGAGGACUUUGAAGAACUUCAAUAUGUUUUUUCUUUGGAGGCGGGGAGUUAAUUUAGUAUGAACCUUAAAGUGAUUGUUAAACUAAGAGUACUUUGUUGUCUCUCAAUGAAGUAAUCAUAAUGUUUCAAUUCAGUAAUUUACAUAUUGUUAAGUUUGCA